UUUAAUGGGUUCAGUGCCCAAAGGGCAUUUAAUGUUAUCUGAAGCCCGGGUCUCGUCUUCCUGCCAGAGCACUCCUGUUUGUGAGUUUUCUAAAGCUAUAAAUGGAAACUCUAGCUAGGAAGAAAUUAUCACCCAGGCAUUCCGAUCCAGUCCAGUCUCACCACUAGAGUGUGGGCAGUCAUGGUUUCCAACACCUAGCCAGUUAAGCUCCUUCUUUUUGGGAUUUAAAUCUUUCUCUUGCUGGGAAAUGGAGAUAGAAAAAUGUAAAAGACUCUCUUCAGCAAAAGACAAGUUAUCCCAAGAGAAGCUGAAGGUUCCUUUGGAAUCUGGAUUUCCUAGGUUCACCUUUGUCCCUGCCUUUGGAAGACUGCCAAUUCAGUGCUACCUUGUUGACAGCACAACAUUCUGUAAUGAAGUAAUUACUGAAACAAAGGAAGUGGAAAAGUCAUCUGCCAUAGGAAGGGGAAACAAGGGAACUGGUGAAGCUACCAGCUGCCCCAACGAUAAGCACAAACUUUUCAAUCUGCAAGAAGACAAGGCAAAGGGAGGAAAAAUGGAUGGGAAGGAUCUUUUCAAAGCUGAGUUUGUUCUCAUCACCGACUCAGAUGAAGAUACAAAGGCUAUUUUGGGCAACGGCUACGGACAUGAAAGUUCCGAGGGUUUAGCUGUGUUCCAUGUGUCCAGUGGUGAUGAGUGCAAAGGACAAGGGAAUGUGCCACAGAUGCAACAACACACUGACCUUUCCUGCAGUUCAGCCAGUCCACAGAAACCCUCUCAGUUAACUUCUCUUCUGUCUGCUUCUGAUCACCUUUCCCAUAAAUCACCUGCUGCUCCCUUACUUUCUCCAACUAAUCUGAAAGUAGAACACGGACUGGCCGUUCCAGGCCAUCAGGCUUCUUCUCACCAAGAAUCUCAUAGCCAGUGGCGGUCUGCAAAUGGAUCCUGCAUCCACCAGACAUCCACCUAUUUCCAGUCUGCUACAUCUUCCAGUUUGCCUUCCUCCGUACCGAAAAUACUCCCUUCCUCAUCUGAAAGCCUUGCAGAUCAUGCUCAAUUAUUCCACAAUGUUCAGAUUCACAAACCCGAAAAGGAAUCCACCUCUUUGCCACGACCAUUAAGCAAGGAUUCCUCUCCUCCCUCACAGAUUCUCACUUCAGCGGAUGUUCCUCCAGGCUCGUCCCCUCAGGCCUAUUCUCCUCUCCCUCCCAAGAAACUGGCCCCCUGGUCCCAGGUUCCCGUUCAUAUUACAACACACGUCUUAUCACCAAGUCCCACCCAACUGCCACCUUCUCCAUACGGAUCCUCCUCAAAUAUAUAUGAUGCAAACAGCCCCUGUAGCCAAAUGUCCUUAAGUGGCAACCCACCAGUGUCUAGAGUUAAAUCUCCUCUUCCAGCUAGACUUUCUCUUUUGACUGCUAUUCUGAAGUCGGGGUCUUCUCCAAAAAGGCCAUUUUCUCCCGUGUCUUGUCCUGCCACUUUUUCUCCCAGUUCUUUUGAUUCUUCAACUCUGGCAAUUGAACAGAAAUUUAAAACUACCCCUCCCAUUCCCAAGAAAGCUGCUUCACAGUUUUCUAUCUUCAGGUCAGAUUCCCCAUACCAAGAUGAAGGUCACUCUUCAGGGCUUUCUAGCACGCCAAGGGACAGGAUGGUCUCCUCAAAGUCCAGUCCUACCCUUCAAACUUGGUCUCCAUCCCCUAAAAGGACGCUUGAUCCCGGGACAUGUUCCCCUGACAAACUGCGUCCUUUGUCACCCACAAUUUCCUCCUACAAGAAAACAGUUGUCUCCCCUCUGCUAAAACCCAAACUGACCAGUUUUUCCUUACCUCCCCAUGUUUUGAGGCAAAGGGUCCUCAAAACACGAGAGCCUGAGAAGUCUACAAAAGUACGCACCUGCUCUCCCACUUUCACUGCCAAGUCCCAUCCAACCCCAACCCUUGCAGUCAACAAAAGGGCCACAGUUUCUCCCACAGCACAAAAACUGUCUUACUCUGCAGCUCCUGUGCAUUCUAGUAAUCAGCCUAAAGAACAUUUGCUACAUGUCUCUGCAAAGGACCGAGGUACGAAUUUGUCAACUCAUUGGCCUUUUUAUCACCAAGAUUCACCGUCAUCUACUCCUCCAAGCUGUAACAUCAACUCCCCUUUGCUUCAGACAAACGCAUCCCCUCUUCAUUCAAACUUCAGAACUUGCCUGCCCUGCUCAAGACACAAGUCCCCAGUGAUCACGCCACCCAGAUCCCUGGCCAGAAAGCAUUCUCCUUGCCCACAGUUGUCAAGAUCAAGGGAGACUAGCUCACCGCUGUUCUUUUCCUUGCCUUCUGAUUGUGAGAAUAAGACUCCUCAGUCAUACAAGAUCAAUGCAAGCUACAAGACACUUGCAGCCAUCCCAACAAACACACUGCUUCUAGAACAGAAGGCACUCGAUGAACAAACCAAAACAGAGCUAGAUGCUGAGGACAGAACUUUGGAUACACAUUCAGAGAUGUGCUCGCCUGCCCAACUCAGGCAACAAACGGAAGAACUUUGUGCUGCUAUUGAUGAAGCCUUGCAAGAGCCUUUGGCCAGGCGCCGAUGUAAUUCCUCUCCAAGUUCCCUGAAGAACAUACUCGAUUCAAGUACAGGCAAAAUGUCUACUGCUCCACAGAGGCCAGCUGGUCGGGAAACCAAAUAUGCCAACCUCUAUUUAACGGCUCCUGCAGUGACUGAGACACAAAAGAUGUAUAUCCCGCCUUUCCUCCAGGAGCUGAAGGAGGCAUACCUCCAACAACCCUGUGAGACAAAGCCUGGAGUAAUCCGACCAACAACCGUAAAAGCAAAAAUAACGAUAAAAGAAGAAGAGCCUGUCCAGCCAAACCCCUUCAGGAAGUAUUUGGAAGAAAGAAGCGAUCUUCAGACUGAACAGACCACUCAUCCAAUUGUGCCUAUUCUUGAAAAUGAAGCACUCAGUUCUAACGAGCUUUCCUCUGUCAGAAGAAAAGACAAACCUUCCUACCAAGAAGAACUAAGUGAAGGAAAUUUUCUAGACACUGAGAGUCCACGCCAAAGAGGUCACUGUCCACUCAGCAGAAACUCGAGAAAUAAUUUUGCAAAACUUAGCUAAGGUAUAGCCAUAAAGAUCUAACACACACACACACACAUACACACACACACACACACACAUAUAUGCCUUAAAUACCAGCUGCUCUGGUGAAAGAAUCUCCAUAUCUGUGAGCGUCCUAAAUUCAUCCAGCUGGCAAUUCAGUAACACCGCAUGCAGGACAAUGUGGCUCAAUCCAAUAAAUAUUAAUAAUGGUAUUAUUUUUAAUUUCUAAUCAUGCUUGGGAUCUUUUGGAGGCUUGCUGAAAUGUAAAGAGGGUGCUGGAGACUGUCGUUUUGCUUUUUAACAUUUUAGAUUUUUUUUUAAAUACUAAGGUAACAUUAAAUAUUUCUUGAAUGUUAUGCUUAUUUCAUGUUUUAAAUGCUAUAAGCCCAGUAAAAUAGGUAAUGUGCAGGGUGCAAAAAGAGAUGUCCAGGAAGACAUAAGUACUCCUAGACAUCACACUGGUGAACCUUAACUCUAUAACAGUUCACAACUGGAUUAUAAACACUGAGUUCAGCCUUCACUAAAAGACUAUCCCAUCAUAAACCUGUUGCACACAUCAUGCUUAGCACUGGUUUGCUUGAAUUGCAGUUUGGCUAAUUUGCAAGAAACAAGUGAGAAUCAGUUGCUGGAUGAGCAAAUUAUUUUUGUAUCACUUGGCCAAUUCCAAUCUUAUUUUAUCCUCUUUUUAGCUGUUUUUGCCUGACACCCUAAUCCUAAGCACCUUUCAUUUGAGGGUUCCUUGGGGCUUUCUGCAGACAUUUAUCACCCAAACUAGGUAACAUCAUCAGUGCUAGUAAGGAGUGGGGUUUCCUCUCCCCCACUCCAUACUAGCACUGAUGAUGUUACCUUCUUCAGUACUGUUGAAACUUUGAAUGGUCACUAAACAAAUGGUUGUAAGUUGAGGACUACCUUUAUUUUCUAUUUUAGUUUAAUUGCUACUUUUACUUUAGUUAUGUUCAAACUCUUUAAUAUAUUACCCUGCAGCUUAAGAAAUAUUUUAUGCAUGCAUGUUACCACAUCUUUAUACCAAAUUUUCACAGUUAUUAGAUAUAAAACCCAAUUCCACAAAAUGCCUGUUUUAAGACUUAAAGAGGAUGUUUUCCUCUGUGCAUUUAUUUUAAAAAAUGUACCAUUACAAAUACAAAUGUACCAUUACAAAUACAAAGCAAUUCUGUAUUCAAAAGAGGGAUUCUACGUUCACAGCAGACAGUGUCGCUCAUUUUGGAAAUAUAUAGAGGGCAACUCCACAUUGCAUUCUAAAGCUGCUCCUGUCCUUUGUUCAUGCUGACUUGACUACGAUGUCCUCCCAUUGGAUGAUUCCCAGUUUCUGGUUUAGGAAGACAAUAUAGGAAGUCCUUGACUUACAACAGUUUGUUUAGUGACUGUUCAAAGUUACAAUGGCACUGAAAAAAGUGAUUUAUUAUUAAUUUUCACAGUUAUACGAUCGUUAUAGCACACACACCCCUGGCUGUGUGAUCAAAUUUCAGAUGCUUGGCAAUUGGCUUAUAUUUAUGAUGGUUGCCAUGUUCCAGGGUCCUAUGUUCCCUUUUGCGACCUUCUGACAAGCAAAGUCAAUGGGGAAGCCAGAUUCACUUAA